AUGAGGCUGGCAGAGGGCUCAGCCACCCUGAGGACACCCCUCUUGCUGCUUGGGCUCUGGGUGGUGCUGGCUCCAGUCCAGUGUUCUCAAGGUCGUCCCUCAUGGCGCUACAUCUCCUCCGAGGUGGUGAUCCCCAGGAAGGAGCUGCACCGUGGCAAAGGCUUUCAGACACCAGGCUGGCUGUCCUACAGCCUGAGUUUUGGGGGCCAGAAACACGUUAUCCACCUGGGGCGAAAGAAACUGUUUUUGCCCCAACAUCUGGUGAUGAUGACUCAGGAUGACCAGGGAACCUUGCAGAUGGAUUACCCCUUUGUCCCUCUCGACUGUUACUACCUCGGCUACCUGGAGGAGGUUCCUCUGUCCAUGGUCACCGUGGACAUGUGCUAUGGGGGCCUGGAAGGUAUCAUGAAGUUGGAUGACCUGGCCUAUGAAAUCAAACCCCUCAAGGGUUCCCACAGGUUUGAACACAUAGUUUCUCAAAUAGUGGCAGACACCAAUGCAAUAGGACCCAUGUCCAUGCUGGGACAGAAGAAAGAGGCGCACCCCCUGUUCUCUCCAGCGAAACCCAGCGUGGCCCCCAGGAUCAGUAGUAGGCUCUAUGCAUCCCACAGAGGGUAUAUAAAAGGCUGUAUUUUGAUUUCCAAAGCAGUUUAUAAUCAACACCGCAAUGCAUCACAAUCUAUCAAAUACAUGGUGCAACUAGGCAAUAUAAUCGACGCCAUGUUCCGAGGCCUUGAUCUAUCAUAUUACAUCAGCAUCAUGGUCAUGUACAAUGUGAGAGACCCAGUCACCAUAAACGACUUCCGGGUGCCACAGGGUGCGUAUUAUCAGAAUUAUAGACGCCACAUUUAUGAUGUAUUUCAUCCACAUUCAGGCUUAAUGAUAUUGUCUACUGAACCCCAUGAACUUCAGUUCAAUCCAGUCGUGAAAGGUCUGUGCACAGCAUCCAACCUCAUCUAUGUGGCUGUCCAAGGCAGACAUCUUUUCUUCAUAGCUAUCAUAAGCACCCAUCAAACUGCGAGAAGUAUAGGUCUGGCUGUGGAAGAUGAAAGUUGUAUUUGCGAGAGAAGGGCCACCUGCCUUAUGCACAGAUACCCUGUGAUAACUGAUGCCUUCAGCAACUGCUCCUUUGCAAACUUACAGGACGUGCUCACUGACGCCUACGCGGACUGCAUGUUCCAGCGCGAGUUCACAUACAGCAACAGAAACCUGACCUACACCCUGUGUGGGAACUCCGUGGUGGAGGAGCAGGAGAGAUGUGACUGCGGGUCCUUCAAGCAGUGUUACAGCAACCCAUGCUGCCAAAGCGACUGCACCCUGACGUCUGGAAGCGCCUGUGACGGGGGCCUGUGCUGCGCGAACUGCACCUACAACCGCAGGGGGACGCUCUGCAGGCCGGUGCAGAACAUCUGCGACCUCCCGGAGUACUGUGAUGGACAGACCUCAACCUGCGCGGACGAUGUCUACCUGCAGGACGGGGCCCCGUGUACCGAGGUCGGCUACUGCUACCAUGGCAACUGCACCGACCGCAGCAUGCACUGCAAGGAGAUCUUCGGAGAAGGCGCGGUGGACGCUCCAGAAAGCUGCUACGCCAUCAACAGCGAGGGCCACCGAUUCGGACACUGCAAACUGACUCAACAGUUCAAAAUCAUGGGGUGUGACAACGAAAACAUUAAAUGUGGACGCCUGCAGUGUAUCAACGUCACUCAUCUGCCUCGGUUGCAGGAACACGUGGCAUUCCAUCAGUCUCUGAGAGAGGGCAGCUUGUGCUUUGGGCUGGAUGCACACCGGUCCACACAAACCAUUGAUGUUGGUGUUGUGAGACCUGGGACACCCUGUGGCGGUGGGAAGUUCUGUAAUGACCGCAGGUGCAGUGGCACUAUAGCUGCCCUAAACUAUGACUGUUACCGUGAGAAAUGCAACAUGAGGGGAGUUUGCAACAACAAAAAACAUUGCCACUGCCGCGUAGGCUGGGACCCUCCAUUAUGCAUAGAGAGAGGUGCUGGAGGGAGCAUGGACAGCGGACCCCCUCCAAGAAAAAUGCGGUCAGUAAAGCCAAGUGGUUGGACAGUGCUGUAUCUAAGGGUGAUCUUUGGUCGAUUCUACGCCCUCGUAGCUACGUUCCUCUUGGGAAUGGCCACAAAUGUGAAAACUAUAGAGACGAUAGAACAGGGAGUUGAAGAAAAUAAAGAGCAACCCAACCUCUGA